UAUGACACUAAUAUCUAGAACAAGAAUGGGAUCUAAGCAAAAUGGAAGAAUAAUUACACAAACAAAGAACUUCCAAAUUGAUCAUAAUCUUAACAGAGUUAAACCCAAUUCUGUGAAAGAUAUAGUCUUUAGUGACGUUCAAUCAAAUAGCAUGAUUAUUGAAUGGCAGCAUAAACGAUAUAUAACUUAUAACAUUGCAUUUGAAUUAACAAUGCAUCCAUUAUACGAUGAAACUGAUAAAAAGGUUAUUCUAUUGUUUAACAAUUAUAACUAUACGGCAAAACAUCUCUUAUCUUAUACAAUAUACAAAUUAUCUAUGAGAUGUAGAACAUUUAAUCGUAAUGGUACUUUAAUUGGAUAUUGGAGUGAUAAAACAACUGUAAACGCAGAUAGAACUAAAAAUUCUAGACCAUCGGAACCAUUGAGGAUUGUUGGUUUAAAAUUUACAAAAUGUUUUGAUUAUUUACAUUGUCUUAUAGUUGAAUUAUUUACAAAUCCUAUACCUAGACGGUCUAUAAAUGGACCUAUACAAUAUUGUUAUUAUAAAAGAGAUACAUCUAAUAAUGAAGAGGAAGUAGCUGUAAAAUUUCAAUAUGAAUCAACAUCUGUAAGAUUUUCAAUAGAUGAACGAUUUAGUCAUAAAAUUGAUAUUUGGUGUGAAAAUGACAUUGGAAAAUCCCCUAUUAAUGAACUUUUCAUACCGAUUAAUAAGGAAAUAUUACCCCCUUUAAAGAUCGAAGCUGAUUUCUUAAAGAAUGAGACUAAAGUAAAGAUUUCUUGGACUUAUCAGCAAAAACCUGACAAGAUUCUCUUGAUCUACUGCAAAGGCAUAUCAAGCGUGACUGGAUGUAAGAACUUUGUUGAAUACCAAGAUAUUAGCGAUCAGACUUCACCAUACAUUUGGAGAAAGCCAAAUAGAAGUGUACAUUACCUAGUGGCACUUAACUAUCAAAUUAAAGGAAAAGUGGUAUCAAUGACAGAUUGGAUUUGUAUUUAUCGAGAAAAUGCUGUUCCUAUUACACCGGAUAUAAGCUUACUAGAUAGCACUGAACAUAGUUUAACUAUAAUAUGGGAGAAACCUAAAUGUAAUUCAAAGAAUAGUCGGCCAGUCAAGUAUUUUAUUUAUUUGCGUACAGUAAACGAUAUAAAAGAUCUUAAUGUUACUCUUUCAAGUUCUUAUACAAAUUUUACAUUCAACAAUUUAACACCAUUUACAAAUUAUUCAAUUCAUAUUCAAGCUAAAUCUGAUUCUGGAUUUGGAGUAUUUUCUAAUGAAUUAUUAGUUACAACUGACUCAGCUACACCGGAAGGACCACCUGAUAAUAUUACAAUAGUUAAUCUAAAUGCUAAUUCGAUUACAGUUAAAUUUGAUCCGCCUAAACGAAUUUAUGGACAAUUUAUCGGCUAUGAAGUAAAGAUUUUGAUAAAGAAAGUUAAAAACGACGCUGAAUAUUCAAAUUAUUCAAAAUUAUUAACAUUUCAUACUGGAAUUUCAGCUGCGAGACCUCUUGAAGCGGGUAUUGUUAAAUUAAGGUUACAUUCGGGAAACGAUAACAAAGCUUUAGUCGAAUGGAAUGAACCAAAAUUUUCAAAUGGGCCAAUUAGGGGGUAUAAAAUUGAAAUUAUUGGUCCAAAUUAUCAAUCGUCAAAAACUGUUAGUUAUCCAAAGACGUCAACCACAUUUAAAAUAGACUGCAAAAAUGGACCCAUAGCUUUACAAGCUUUCGUCAAAACAAUAACUUAUAACUUCAGUGAUUAUGAAUUUAUUUCAAAGCCUAAUCCGAAUAUAACACAAGUAGAUUUUUGUACAUCAAAAACUACUAAUGUCGUUAAAAUCGUUGGGCUUACAGUUUCCGCAACCGUUGGGAUACUAUUCGUUGUAUGGUUUACAGCGGAUUCACAUUCAACACCAGACUAUCCUUCUCCUGCUUUACCGAAUGAUAAGGUCAAUAUAGAGGGUAACGAUUUAUUUCAAAAUGCGAAUUUCGGCAUGGGCGUUGGAUGUUACCAAUUCGAUUUGGAUUCUUAUUCCCAAUAUAACUCUUAUACAUCUGUUGAAUCGAAUGCUUGUGUAACAGUCAGUUCAUCGUUACAGUGUACCGUUUCUAAUCAAUCGCAACCGAAUGGCCCCCCUACAACAUCAAACGUUGGAAUAUAA